AUGAAAGUUUUCAAUUUGAAGCAGUGGCUCGUAUUCAGCGUGUUUUGGCAUGCGAUGUCGCACGCUUUGCAUUUUGACGUCCCCGCUACUUCUGAUCCCAGCAAGAAGCUCUGCAUCCGGGAUUUCGUCUCUGAGGGCCAGAUGGUCGUUAUUUCGAUAACGACUGAUGGUUCUGCGAACGAUGGCCAGCAAUUGAACUUCUUCGUGUACGAUUCUGCCGGGAACGAGUACCGCAGCAAGCGUAAUUUCGUCGGCGACGCAAAAGUGGCAUUCGUGUCCCCUGCGACCACGUCCUUUGACAUGUGUCUGGAGAACCAGCUUCAAUACACGGGCGGGAACCGUGGGCUGUCUCGUUCCGUUGAGUUGGACGUCGAGAUUGGCUCGCAGGCGCGGGACUGGAACCAAUUGUCCGCGAACGAGAAGUUGAAACCAAUUGAGGUCGAAUUGCGUAAGAUCGAGGAGUUGACGGAUGAGAUUGUCGACGAACUGGUGUACAUGAAGAUGCGUGAGGAGCGACUCAGAGAUACAAACGAGUCCACGAACUCGCGGGUGAUCAACUUCUUUCUGCUGACCGUCGUCGUGCUUGGCUGCGUCGCCGUGUGGCAAAUCACAUACUUGAAACGGUACUUCAAGACAAAGCAUAUUAUCUGA